AUGACAAGUAAUCUUGACAAAGAUUUACAGGAUCGAAUAUUUUGUACUUGUUAUGGAAUUUACUAUUUUGGUAGUACUUUUUAUCUUAUCUCUGUUGUCUUAUGGUAUUAUAUACCAAAUAUUGAAAAAAAAAUUUGGUAUAAAAUAUGUUUAUGGCCAAUUACAAUUUUCUCUAUUGAUAUUUUAGGAAUUUUAUCCUUUUUUUUGAAUGAUUGGUUAGUUGAUUCGGAGGAUAAUUAUACUUAUGAAUUAGCUCCAUUGUCUAUGUAUCAUGGAAUUAGUAUUGUUGUUUAUUCAAUAUGUAUGAUAAUAUUUUUUCUUUUCUCUCUUACUUUGUUUCUUAUUGAAAUUGCUAAGUUAUGUAAUAAUCAAUUAUCAAAAUUAGAAGCUGAUAAAAAUAAUUUUCAAUCUUUUAAAAUACCAAUUGACAUUUUAUUAAUUAAUUUUUGGUCAAUUAUUAGUUAUAUUAUAAUUUACCCUGGAAAUAGUAUUAUUUUUGGAAUUUUUGUAGCAGACAACUGGGGAGAACAUUUUUUUAAAUAUAGAGCAUUUCUAACUAAUUCAUUAAAAAUAACUAAACAGUAUGAUGAUUUAUUUAUGGUUAUUGCACCAAUAGUUCAAUUUUUAUUAACAGUUAUUUUUUUUAAAGAAUUUAGAGAAUCAUUUUUUUGGAUAAUUACUUGUGGAAAAUUGUAUAAUUAUGAUUUGACUGAAGAUAGCAAUCGAUGGGCUAAAGAAGUUAAGAAUAAAAAUCUUUUUUUGACAAACAAAAAUAACACUUAA